AUGAACCUGAACCCAUCCAAGCCCGCCCUGAUCCUGAGCGCUGUCGUCCUUAUCGGCUCUUGUGCACGAGAUGACGUGCCUCCAACCUCCACCGCAUGGCCAGUCGUCGAUGGAGCUAUCGGUACAGGUGUGUGCGCUGAGGGUUCAGAUGCAUCGAGAUGUGCUGCCACACAAUGCCUCCAGCUCGUUCGCCACCAGGGCUACAAUCAGCUCGAUCUCGUGUCUCGGUGUCGCUCGAGCCUGUUCUUUGUGAUCCCGCUGGAGUUGCUCUGGGAAAACGACGAAGGACCGUUCGAUAUGGGUGGUCCUCGCGCCGAUUUGCUGGGGGGCUACUGGUGGAUGGCUCGAAAUGGUGAACGAAUCGCAUUAACAACCCAAACCACCUGGUUUAUGGGGCAGAAGAAGGCGACAGAGACGAUCGAGCCAAUGAUCUACGAGGUUCAGCCUGGUGAGCGCCUGCGCAUCCACGUCCCGAUAAGCCGGGACGCUGCACGCCUGGAAGACUGUAAAUUUGGCGUGGCCUACCCCACUGUUUUCCAGGAUUGCUCCGAUCAACACACAGAAGGACAGCAGUUCAUCGACAGCGAAUUCGAGGCUGAGGACGAGCUCACCUUCUCGCUGGUGCUGCCGCUUCCCUUUGACUCACGGGAAGAGGCGCUAAACGCAUCCUUUGCAGAAUGCGGGCGAUACUGCGACCACCCGGACUCCGUGCCUUGCUCGAGCGAACCCGAUUAUCUCUACCUCGAGAAUGUCGUCACGAUGAGUGGAGAGAGGCCCGACCAGCGCGAGGGGUUGAGCCUCCACUAUACCUUCAAGGCCUGGUCGAUCGCCAAGGUGCUCUGGGACAUGGUCACGCCGAAGGAGUCCGGCGGCACGCCCUCCUACAUGUCGCUCGACGAGCGCGCCUUUCGCCUCGACGACCGCUCCUCGAUCCCGUUUAACAUCUACUGGACGCUCAUCAACCGCGCCUACAUGGACCGGCUCGCCGCCGACGGCAGCCUGACCAUCUCGAUCAAGGUCAUCUAUGAGUGGAGCGGGCUCGAGGGGCGCUUCGGUCGCCCUCAUGCGCUCAGCAAGAAGCUGCGCGAGUGCUUCGACCUGAUGGUCGAGCAUGGCCUCCUGAGGACCUGGAGGUGUGAUGCCAUCAUGCCCGAUUCCUCGGGGCUGCUGUUCGAGGACCUGCUCGAGGAGACCAUCGUCAUCACCUUUGGUCAGGCACAGCUCGAAUCUCUCGAGCACCUCUUGCCUGAAGGGCAGCUCGAGUAG